AAGAUGAGUUGACUUUUCUCGCGAAGUGAUAAUAAAGUCGUGCAAAAUCAGUGCGUGUUCGUGAACGAUGGCUCGUUACGCCCUCCGAAGACUCAUGGCGGAGUACAAGCAACUGACGGUGAAUCCACCCGAGGGAAUCAUCGCUGGCCCGAUGAAUGAAGAGAACUUCUUCGAAUGGGAAGCCUUGAUCACUGGCCCAGAAGACACGCCGUUUGAAGGCGGCGUUUUCCCGGCAAAGCUUCAGUUCCCUUCCGAUUAUCCCCUGAGUCCACCGAAGAUGCAGUUCACGUGUGAAAUGUUUCAUCCCAACAUUUACCCGGACGGGAGAGUGUGCAUCUCCAUUUUGCAUUCUCCGGGCGACGAUCCAACAGGUUACGAAUCCUCCUCUGAACGAUGGAGUCCUGUGCAAAGCGUUGAAAAAAUCCUGCUGUCGGUUGUAUCCAUGUUGGCCGAACCAAAUGACGAAAGCGCUGCGAAUCUGGAUGCCGCCAAAAUGUGGCGGGACGACAGGCAACAGUUCAAUCAGAUUGCGCAAAAACUCGUGAGACACACGUUGGGACUGCAGUGAAGAAGUUGUUAUAAAUCUGCGGGGAAGCGUUAUCCGUAAUUUAUUGAUCAUCCAUCUCGAUCUGUGUUUUUGUUGGUUCUUCGUUUUCCGGCGUUACAUUUUUUUGGGCUGUAUUUCUGUGUGAUUUAUUCCCGCGUGUCGUUCAUCAAGUAAAGGAAGGGGAAAGUAUCCAAAAAGCACAAGUCGUUGUUUCCUUUGCUUAUUUCUGUUUUAUGUUGUGUACUGCUUUUUCAAGAAUAUCCUUUUUUG